CCUCGAUUGGAUGGCGAAAGUUGCAAGGAUGCUUCGGAUGAUAGCCAACUAGCAAGUGCAAACAAUAUUUUGUCAGCAUAAAUACUGUAAAAAAUUAACGUCCAAAUUGAAGGAGGCUCAUCAGUAGAAAUAUCCCAUUAAACUGGAAUGGCAGUGAAAAAGGAAAUGAUCCAUGAAGACUGUUGGCUGCUGGCUGAGCAGCUGCCCCACUGGGGACAUCAUCAGGAGCCCAGAUAACACCUCCAAACUGGCCAGUGUUUUAUUAUCUUAAGGGACCUGGAGCUGCUUAAGCUUUCCAUCCAACAAAGCUGCUGCACUGGAGAUGCUGUUAGAUGAGCCAUGAUCCCCAUCACUGAGCUGCGGUACUUUGUGGACACCCAGCCUGCAUACCGCAUCCUGAAGCCAUGGUGGGAUGUGUUCACAGACUACAUCUCCAUCGUCAUGCUCAUGAUUUCUGUUUUUGGUGGAACACUUCAAGUCACCCAAGACAAGAUGAUCUGCCUUCCCUGCAAAUGGGUCGUCAAUGAGACAUGCAAGAGGAACUUCAGCUCCAACUUGUCCGCGUCCUUCCCAUCGGAGCCAAAAGGGAUUCAGUAUGAUCUGGACCGCCAUCAGUACAAUUAUGUUGAUGCAGUGUGCUAUGAAAAUAGGUUGCAUUGGUUUGCCAAGUACUUUCCAUACUUGGUAUUACUCCACACACUUAUUUUCCUAGCUUGCAGCAACUUUUGGUUUAAAUUUCCUCGGACUAGCUCCAAACUAGAACACUUUGUUUCCAUUUUGCUUAAAUGUUUUGACUCUCCCUGGACAACCAGGGCACUGUCAGAGACUGUGGUGGAAGAAAGUGAUCCUAAACCAAUGAAAAUGAAUGGAUCUUUUGACCAUAAGGAGUCGGUAAUAAGUGAGGAUGUGGAAGCCAGCAUUCCAAUGAUUCAGAGAACAAAGACGCGCUUCGAGCAAGGCAUCGUUGAUAGAACGGAGACAGGAGUUUUGGACAAGAAGGAAGGAGAGCAGGCAAAAGCUCUGUUUGAAAAAGUGAAGAAGUUCCGUAUCCACGUGGAAGAAGGAGAUGUCGUAUACAGACUGUACAUCCGUCAGACAAUCAUAAAAGUUAUCAAGUUUAUUUUAAUCAUCUGCUACACAGGGUAUUAUGUGCACGAUAUUAAAUUUAGUGUGGACUGUUCUGUGAAUAUAGAAAGCCUGACCGGUUACAAAGUGUACCACUGUGCUCAUCCGCUUGCUACACUUUUUAAAAUCUUGGCGUGUUUCUACAUUUGCUUAGUGGUGGUGUAUGGUCUGAUCUGCAUGUAUACGCUCUGCUGGAUGCUGCGGCACUCUCUGAAGAAGUACUCGUUCGAAUCAAUCCGGGAGGAGAGCAGUUACAGCGAUAUACCCGACGUGAAGAAUGACUUUGCAUUUAUGUUGCACAUGAUCGACCAGUAUGAUCCUCUGUACUCCAAACGCUUUGCCGUCUUCCUCUCAGAGGUCAGUGAAAAUAAGCUGAGGCAGCUAAACCUCAACAACGAGUGGACGCUUGACAAGCUCAGGCAGAGGAUAACCAAGAACUCUCAGGAGAAAUUGGAGUUGCAUCUUUUCAUGCUGAGCGGCAUUCCAGAUACAGUGUUUGAUCUGAUGGAGUUGGAAGUUCUCAAGCUGGAGCUCAUCCCAGACGUUACCAUCCCGCCAAUCAUCGCACAGCUGGUCAACCUUCGAGAGAUGUGGCUCUAUCACACUCCCGCAAAAAUCGAAGCUCCCGCCUUGGCGUUUUUGCGCGAGAAUCUAAAGUCUCUGCACAUCAAGUUUACAGACAUUAAAGAAAUCCCUUUAUGGAUUUACAGUUUAAAAAACCUGAGCGAGCUUCAUCUCACAGGGAAUUUGAGCUCUGAGAACAACCGUUACAUUGUCAUUGAUGGGCUCCGCGAGCUUAAAAGGCUCAAAGUUCUCCGUCUGAAGAGCAAUCUCACCAAGCUACCUCAAGUUGUGACCGAUGUUGGCCUGCACCUCCAGAAGCUCUCAAUCAACAAUGAAGGCACUAAGUUGAUGGUGCUGAACAGCCUAAAGAAGAUGGUGAACCUCACAGAGCUAGAGCUCAUUCGCUGUGAUCUAGAGCGCAUACCCCACUCGAUCUUCAGUUUGCACAACCUGCAGGAGAUUGAUCUGAAGGACAACAACCUAAAGACCAUAGAGGAGAUCAUCAGCUUCCAGCACCUUCAUCGGCUUGUGUGCUUAAAGCUCUGGUACAACCAGAUUGCCUACAUUCCUAUUCAAAUCGGCACUCUGACCAACCUGGAAAAGCUGCAUCUAAACAGAAACAAGAUUGAGAAGAUUCCCAGCCAGUUGUUUUACUGCCGGAAGCUACGAGUCUUGGAUUUGAGCCACAAUAACUUGACAUGUAUUCCAGCAGACAUCGGUUACCUUCAAAAUCUACAGUACAUGGCAGUGACAGCCAACAGGAUCGAGGCUCUGCCAAAUGAGCUGUUCCAGUGCAAAAAGCUUCGCACUUUAAACCUGGGGAACAACUGCCUCCAGUCUCUGCCGUCGCGGUUUGGAGAGCUCACCGCACUGACUCAGCUAGAGCUUAGAGGAAACCGCCUGGAGUGCUUGCCUGUGGAGCUGGGAGAGUGCAGACAGCUAAAGAGAAGUGGUCUCGUGGUAGAAGAGGACCUCUUCAACACGCUGCCUGCAGAUGCUAAGGAACAGUUGUGGAAAGCUGACAAAGAACAAGUUUGAAGGAAGCCAUACAUACCCUGCGCUUCGAUCAGGGCGCAGAAUGGUGACCCUGAGGCACUAAGAAACAAGAUGUGAUCUUGUUUCAGUGUACUACCAUUAAAGUAAGGUAUUAAUGCCAGUGCCAGUCUAGCAGAACCAAUACGGACGCUGGUAGCUGCUGUUCAUUUUGUUUAUAUUUUUCUUUUAGAACAUUCUGAGGCCAGUGCCAUUGUGAUCGGGAUCUUUUGUUUACAAUAUCACGGUGUGGUAUUUAUGGCUUAGAGGAGGAAAUGUACAGACAAACUACUGGCUAGCUAAACGUAGACUACUCUGCAUUCCAAAAUAGUACCAGAUUCAGGGUUAUUUUGGGGGUUUAUAUGACCAACCAAAGCUAUAACAGCAAUAUUACAAAGUCAUCAACUUUCUAAAAGGCAUAGAAACUAAUCUCUUGUCCAACAUCAACUAAGUUGUCUUUUACUCAAAUAUAUGAACCUAAAACAUUGAUCGGGGUGUUUCAGUUCUACGUUGUGGACCACAGAUCUCAGAGGCCUUCAGCUCCACAGGGUUGAUUGGUAAACUCUUACAAACAUUAAAUAAAUUAACACAUUGGAGGUAAAUGAGUGUCAGUGAAAGUCUCGUAGAGAUCAGAGUUUUCUUUGAGAGAAAUUUGAUGGCAUUGGUACAGCAACAUUACAGUCUUAUCCCACACUUUAAUGUUGCUACAGCAACAUUACAGUGUGGGAUAAGGCUUUUGGGGCAGAUUGGUGACCUAAUUUAUUUGGAAUCUAGAUUUAAUCCUCCUCAGUGGAUCAGCAUUAGUGGAGGUUUGUAUUAAUAUAACCAAUACUAGGGGCUUGUUUUUCUUGUUUACAUCCAGGGCUGCAGCCGUAUUUUGAUCUUUUAAUAAUCUUUUGCAAACCAAUAGAAAAACAUACUUCUAAAAUAUAAGUUCAUGAGUCAUAUCCGUCUCAUAGGAAUCCAUUAAGAGGCAGGACUUAUCUUUUGGAUUAUAUAACAGUGGAAACUGGCUCAGGAAGAGUAGUCGCCUUGGAUUCUGAAUUUCUGGGUUGGAUUCCUGCUUCUUCCUGUCACAGCUCAAUGUGCCGCAGGGCAAGUCACUUGACCGUUGGUGGUUUGAGUUGCUGGAAUGAGUAGAAAAGCAUAUGAAUUCAGUCCCAUUACAGUGAAGUUAACGUUCAUUAAGGCAGGGCCAUGAAUAGCAUUGCUAUCACUAGUAUCAGUAUUAAUGAGCACUUUUACUCACACAACCAUAAGCUUUGAAGCAAUAAUGAAUCCCUCUGCAGAUUUAGCUGCCCCCCUAAAUGAGCCCCAACAUUCGCACUGUACUCCCUCUUGAAACCAAAUGUUUUUCUACAAUUUUACACAAGGGAUCUUGGAAGUCACUAUUUUCUCAAUUUCGCCUGUAGUUGCUGACUUGCCCCAUUACUUCCCUGCAUACUCAUCAUGCACAGUACCAUGUCACUGGUUACAAGGUCUUAUUGUAAAUAGACUCAAAAGGGCUUCAUUUAUUAACAAACUCAGCAAAAAACAUAGCAUAAAACACAAAAAUAACUGAUGCCACACCAGCAGGGUGCAAUAAUUGUUCUGAAAAACUUUAUUAUACAUAGAAUGCAUUAUUCCCAUAUAAAUUAGAGAAGUCAUAUAAGGAGACUGCUUCUUUAAAAUGUGUCGUUAUUACACAUUAUUUUCUAACAAAACAUGUAAGAGUUCCUUUAAUGAGAUGAAAAAUAAAUACUUUUCCAAAGUGAAGGAAAGCAUGUAAAAUUGGCUCCCUUAACAGUUAGAACUAGCCUUGAGUUUUUUCGUGUUAUACAGUAUUUUCUUAAGUGUUAAUUGUAGGCAUAGGCUGGUAUGAUUUUCUAAUGGCACAGCCCUGAGUAAAAGUACAAUCAUAUAACAAUAUGGUAUUAAUACAAAAAUUUAAAGGAAAGAUAUGCAUGAUGUUACAGUGCAGGAUUAAAGUUUAAAAAGGGUCAACUUGGUGAGAGUAAUGUUACAUUUUAGUUUCCACAUCUUAACUCUGUUAUAUUCCCCUGAAUCUAAAUAAAGGAAUUAAAACCUUAAUGUUGCAAAGCAAAUUCAACCCAAUUUAAGUCACUCAGAUUAAUGUAAAAAAAAAAAAUUAUACCUAAAUAUGAAAUGUUAAGCCCUAGCUGCAUAGACUCCAUAAUGGCCUGAAAGCCGAGGGAGAUUCUAAUACUGCAGAGCAGUAGUUAGUGCAUUAGACCUUUAAGGUCACGUCUCCUAGACAUAAGGGGUCAUUGCUUUAACUUUAAAAAAGAGGUAAAGAUGAAAUAUGGAGUGUUGUCCUAGUGGUUAGAGCAGUGUGCUUGUGCUCUGAGAAGGUUGCAAGUAGCCGGUUCGAUCCCCUGAUUUCUUGCUCCCUGAGCAAGACCCUUAACCCCUGAUUGCUCCCCAGGCGCCACAUAGUGGCAGCCCACUGCUCCCCAAGGGGAUGGGUCACAAUGCAAAAGUGAAUUUCUCCAUUGUGAGAUCAAUGAUGUUCAAUUAUUAUUGAAUCUAAAUACUAGUUAGUCUGCCCUUAUGAGAUUCACUCUCUGAUCGUCUUUUUUAUUCUUUUUCUUUACCAGCUUUCAUCAUAAUUACACUGUCACAAGUACAGAGCAAUGAAAUUAAGUCUCUGCAUGUAACCUCUCCCCUUGGGUAGCAGUGGGCUGCCAUCGUGUGGCGCCCAGGGAACAGUGUAGGGUUAAGGGUCUUUGCUCACAGACCCAGAGUGGCAUACUGUUGGAGUGGACUCAGAACCUCUGGAUUCCAAGCUCUAUGCCUUAACCACUAGGCCACCAUUCCCAUUCAUGCUAGGACUCAACUGGACACGGUACAGCCGUUAUAGGAUAGCAGCUAUAUAAAUAAAUAGAUUAAAUAAUUUAUAUUUAUUUCAUCCCAGUCCUGUUAGACCCACAUACAGCUGAUUGAAAUGCAACCACAUUAAAACCUGCAUUCCAUAAUUUGCUCCAACAGGAGCAACUACUGAUAAAACCAAUAUUUGAUGUCAAAUUGUAUUAGUUGCAUAACAGCAACUCUUUGAAACCAUCCUAUAGCUUGAUAACUGCUAUCAUGGCCAGAACCAAUCGAUACAGAUAGGAAUUUUACGAUUUUCCCAUCUCCAGGUCUGUUUUCCAUCAGCAGAAGACGACUCCAGUCCAUUGAUGAUAUGCCUGCUCUUUGUGUUGCUCUAUGCUUCAUGCUUUGUUGACAACAAUAACCAAAUAACCAGUUAGUAUUUUACACAGCUAAGUUAGAUGUGAUGUUUUAGGAGCAGGUUUGUUUUUUGUUGUCAGUUUUGUAUUCCUGCCUUCUUAAAGUUUUUUUUUUUUUUUUACUUAAGCUAAUGUGUAAAGGUUAGAAAAUCUAGCAAGAGAUUGAUGACCUAACAUGCUCAAAAGUCCUCUGGACAUUCCUUUUGUUGUUCAUGAAAUACACACACCCUUUUAUGUCGUUUUAUGUGAUUGUUUUUUUUUUUGCUUGUUUUAUUUAGUGUAUUAAGUUUUUAAAUUGUGUUAUAAAUGUAAGGACUCUUCUGGAGGUUCAAAUAUGAAAAAAAAGUUUUGAUUUCACAAACUUAUGCAAUGCCUGCAAGUAUAAUUUUUUUGAUAAUGUAAAAUGUUAAAAAAGUAGCAUUCUACACUUUUGUAAUUCUACUGAAAAGUAUGAGAAAUAUAUUAAGCUAUAUUCAUCUACUUCAGUUGCAUGUAGUUGUGAUAAAUUGUGCAAUAUGGUGUUUAAACUUAGUGUGGGUAAGUUACAAUUUUUUUCUGUGCAUCAGCCUAGCUUUUUUAUUAUUUGUAGUCGUUGCAGUACAUUUUUUUUUAUUUUCUGGAGAAUAUUUUUGCACUCUAGCACCUUCUCCCACUAUACUACAUUUAGGAAAUUCAAUAAUGGCACAAAAAAGAGGUUUGUAUGCUGUUUUUUUUUUUUUGUCUUAUUUCUUGAUGAUUAUACCAUAAAGGAAAGUGUUAUUUUGUCUUUGAAAACUUUUUUACAGACUAUUUGGCCAUAGGCCUCUUCAGACAAUCACCAUUAGCUUAUGAAAAAUAUGUAAAAAGUAAUGGUGAGCUUGGAGUAUCCAAUGCUUUGAUGAAUCUCCGAUUAUUUUUUGGUUGUGUAACUUUCCCUGUUUCCACUCUUAUAAGUAUUGAAUAGUUUCUCAGGAAUCCAGCUUGUACUUAUAUUUUCUUCUAUCGGUUGUCUGUUUACUUUGUAAUACACUAGAUUCAUGUUAACAAACUAUUAGGAAUGUUUUAUGUACUGUUCAAUUUUUUCUUUUUUAUAUUGAAAAGUUUGUGUCUAAAAAUAAAAACUUUUGGCUUAAUAAUUAA